GAGGCUCUUUCCGCAGUCCCUUCAGCGGUAAGGUUUUUAGCGGUGUGUAAGCGCUGGUGCUGGAUCAGGUUUGAGGUGACGCUGAAAGUCUUACCACACAAGGCACAGGUGUAGGGCUGAAGCGAUGGUCACACUCAGGGCAGGAGUAUGGCUUUUGACCUGUGCGUACCCAGUGGUGCUUAACCAGAUCAGAGCCACAUCGGAAGCUUCUGCCAUACCCCGGACAACGACGCCAGCUCCUGAGCUCAGGACCACGUCCAGAGCGGAGGACACUCGGGAUACCGGGGUCCAGCUCCGGAAACGGAAAAUUCCACAAGCCCGUCACCCUAGGAAGAGGCAGCGAACGUUCUCGGUAGGUUUAACCCUCUUCUUUAACCCGCGUCUGCGGCGCGGUCAGGACCUCGCACUUUCGGCCCGGCUUGGGGUUCUCGGAGUCGGUCCCAGGGCCGGGCCGCACCACCGCUGGGGGGCAGCGAAGCGACCCUCGGCCGCGUCAGCAGCUUCUAGCCCCGCCCCCGCAUCGUCGGGCCCCGCCCCCUCCUCUGUGCCGUCGUCUACGCCUUCACCGCCAGUGCGCCUGCGCAAGACGCUGGACUUGGCGCUUAGCAUCCUAGCAGAUUGCUGUACGGAAGGGGCGUGCCGGGCCGAAGUGCGCAGACUCGGAGGCAUACUCCCUUUGGUGACCAUUCUUCAGUGCAUGAAGACAGACAGCAUCCAGAACCGAACGGCCCGUGCCCUGGGGAACUUAGCCAUGGAACCUGAGAGCUGUGGGGACAUCCACUGUGCUGGUGCUGUUCCCCUGCUUGUGGAGAGCCUGACAGCCUGCCAGGACUCACAGUGCCUGCAGAGCGUGGUGCGUGCCCUCCGCAACCUGGCAGACUCACCCCAGCACCGCCUGGCCCUGGCACAGCAGGGAGCAGUGCGCCCUCUGGCCGAGCUCCUAGCCACUGCCCCAGAUGCUGCACUGACCUCAGCCCUCGUCCGUGCCCUCCUGGAACUCAGCCGAGGCUGCUCCCGGGCCUGUGCUGAGCAGCUAAGUCUGGGUGGGGGACUGGGCCCACUCGUCAGCCUGGCAUCCCACCCCAAGCGGGUAGUACGCGAGGGAACCAUUCUGAUCCUCGCCAACCUGUGUGCCCAGGGCCUGAUUCGGCCUGCACUGGGCAAUGCUGGUGGGGUGGAGGUGCUGGUAGAUGAGCUUCGGCAGCGCCGGGGUCCUAAUGGAGCUAGUCCAGCCUCCCAGCAGCCCCUGGUGCGGGCUGUGUGCCUCCUGUGUCGUGAGGCCAUCAACCGGGCCCGGCUGCGGGAUGCUGGUGGCUUGGAUCUACUGAUAGGCCUGCUGCGGGACCCUCGUGCCAGCGCAUGGCACCCUCGUAUUGUGGCUGCCCUUGUGGGCUUUCUGUAUGACACUGGGGCCCUGGGCCGGCUCCAAGCUCUGGGACUUGUGCCUCUCCUGGCUGGGCAGCUGUGUGGUGAGGCUGGCGAGGAGGAAGAAGAGGGAAGAGAAGCUGCUUCCUGGGACUUCCCUGAGGAGAGGACCCCUGAGCGGGCACAGGCUGGAAGUUUCCAGAGCCUCAGGUCGUGGCUGAUCUCCGAGGGCUAUGCCGCGGGCCCUGAUGACAUCUCCCCCGACUGGUCUCCUGAGCAGUGUCCUCCACCGGAGCCCGUGGAGCCGGCCAGCCCGGUCCUCACCCCGACCUCGCUGCGGGCACCGCGCACCCAGCGCACUCCAAGCCGCAGCCCCGCCGCCGCCAUCGAGGAGCCUUGGGGACGCGAAGGGCCAGCCCUGCUGCUGCUUUCACGCUUUUCCCAGGCCCCUGACCCAAGCGGGGCACUUGUGACCGGCCCGGCCCUGUAUGGCCUGCUGACCUAUGUGACCGGCGCACCGGGCCCGCCCAGCCCACGUGCACUGCGCAUCCUGUCGCGCCUCACCUGCAACCCUGCCUGCCUCGAGGCCUUUGUGCGCAGCUAUGGCGCAGCGCUGCUGCGGGCCUGGCUGGUGCUGGGGGUGGCGCCCGACGAUUGGCCGGCACCACGUGCCCGGCCCACUCUCCACAGCCGCCACCGAGAGCUGGGGGAGAGGCUACUGCAGAACCUGACGGUUCAGGCUGAGUCGCCCUUCGGGGUCGGGGCCCUCACGCACCUCUUACUCUCCGGGAGCCCUGAGGACCGCGUGGCCUGUGCGCUGACCCUGCCCUUCAUCUGCCGGAAGCCCGCUCUGUGGCGCCGGCUGCUCCUGGAGCAGGGUGGCCUCCGGCUCCUCCUUGCGGCGCUGACCCGGCCGGCCCCACACCCGCUCUUCCUCUUCUUUGCCGCGGACUCCCUUUCCUGCCUCCAAGACCUGGUGUCUCCCACCAUGAGCCCAGCUGUCCCACAGGCAGUCCCCAUGGACCUAGACUCACCGUCCCCUUGCCUCUAUGAACCUCUGCUGGGCCCAGCCCCUGUCCCAGCUCCCGACCUGCACUUCCUGCUGGACUCAGGCCUCCAGCUCCCUGCCCAGCGAGCAGCCUCAGCCACCGCCUCCCCUUUCUUCCGGGCCCUGCUGUCAGGCAGCUUUGCAGAAGCCCAGAUGGACCUGGUGCCCUUGCGAGGCCUGUCACCUGGCGCAGCCUGGCCUAUCCUGCAUCAUUUGCAUGGUUGUCGGGGCUGUGGGGCUGCCCUGGGGCCCGUGCCCCCUCCAGGCCAGCCCCUGCUGGGCUCAGAGGCCGAGGAGGCACUGGAGGCUGCUGGCCGUUUCCUACUGCCUGGGCUGGAGGAGGAACUGGAAGAGGCCGUGGGCCGCAUCCACCUAGGACCCCAGGGUGGCCCAGAGUCAGUGGGUGAGGUGUUUCGCCUGGGCCGGCCCCGGCUGGCUGCCCACUGUGCCCGCUGGACACUGGGGCCAGAGCAGUGCCCGAGGAAGCGGGGUCUGGCCCUGGUGGGGCUUGUGGAGGCAGCAGGUGAAGAGGCAGGGCCCCUGACAGAGGCUUUACUGGCCGUGGUGAUGGGGAUCGAGUUGGGGGCAAGGGUCCCUGCCUAGACUGUUGAAGUCCCCUGGGAAGGGGACCCAAGGAUGAAUUGGCUGUGAAGGAGCCUCCCUAAGACUGGCAAGGGAAGAGGCUGAGCAGAAGGAGUCGUCAUAGAGGAGCAGUGAGAACAUGGAGCCGGACCCCAGGAUGACGACGAUCUGAAGACCUGGGAGUGAGAAGCCAAGGCCAGGGUCUGGGCAUGGGGCCCAGAGAAGCAGAACAGCCCAGGGCCCCAGGUGCCUGGCCUGGCCCAGACCUCUGGAGUUGAGAUUAAACACUUUGGAGUUGGAUA